AUGCGCGCCAACAUGAGUGGAGACUCCUCGUGGACAGCAGGCCUUCUGGAGAUCCUGACGCAGGCUUGGAGAGUGGAUGGCGACCUCGAGCCAGCGAGAUCGCGCUGGCCAGCCAUCCUAAAGCAUGCGGCGCGCGUGGAGAGCCAGUUUCUGAAGUUGAAAACCUUCAAGAAGUGGCCGGAGAAACACGGCGACUGGGCUGCGCCGCCGCACGCGCCUGGGGCCCCUACAGGCCGGAAUCCCAAAGAGCGAGAGACGGCCUCGCACGGAUUCGCCGCCGCUUUCUCCGCGACCCGCACCAUGCAGCAAGCGGCCGAUCUCGCAGGCGCGCUUGGCCUGGAAGCCGAGGCGAACCUCUCGGCCGUUGCUCGCAGGAUGCGGGAGGAAUUUCACAACAGCUUCUUCCACCAGGGGAAACGAUCUUACGACACCGGCACAAUGUUGAGCUACGUGCUGCCCCUUGCAUUGGGCGCGGUGCCGCGCGACGUAGACGCCGAGGUAUUCCGCGGCCUGUUGGACCACAUUGCCCGCAAGAAUGGCACAUGGUCUGGCGGCAUAAUCAACAACCGUUUCCUGUUCGACCUGCUGGCCGACCAUGGCCACGCAGACCUCGCGCUGGCCAUGCUGAGGCGCAGGGACUACCCGUCGCACGGCUACAUGUACUUUAACGACCUGGAGCCCGCGAGGGAGUGCAUGUGGGAG